AUAAUAUCGUAUAGUUGUCAAGCUAAAUUGUUUGUGUCCACAGAACACGUUGAUGUGUAAAUAUUCCAAUCCUUAAAGGAACAAAUUUUCAAUUGUCUUUUUGAUUAUUCAUCUAGCCUUCUUUUCGUUGUUGCGAUAAAUAUAUUUGUAAAUCCAGGGUAUCUCAGUUGGAAAGAAACAUUUAAAGCUGGAUUAUAUAUUCAUAUUGUAGGUAAAUAUGCACGUUUCGAUUAUACCGACGUGAAAUAUUGGAAAUGGCGCGCGUUUCUGGCACCUCACUGGCCUCCUGGCGCAGAGAACUGACAGCAUCAAUUUGGAGACAACCAAGUCUUAGAGGCAGUUGUGUAGAUAAUCUGUAUGUGUUUAAUGAUUACAUGUUUCAUAACUGUCUGAUAUGCAAAAUUUUGUCGCGAGGAAUCGUAACGACAUCAAGGCGUACAACCGUCUUAUCUAACGAACUGCGCCAUAUUAAACCGAAAAAACGGUUGUAUUCAACAUCAACGGUAGAAGAGCAAGUAGAAACAAAGUUGAGAGGUCUAAUCAAGAGGGAACCCAUCCUCUUGCUUCUAAAAGGGACGCCUGAGUCACCCAAAUGUGGAUUUAGCUCAGCAGUUGUUAAUAUCCUUAAUAUGUACAAGGUACCCAAUUAUGCUUACGUGGAUGUACUUUCUCACGACCAUUUGCGAACAUGUGCCAAAAAGGUAUCAAAUUGGCCCACAUUUCCACAGUUAUUCGUUAACGGGAACCUAGUGGGAGGUUGUGAUGUAGUUCAACAACUGCACGAAUCCGGGGCACUUGCAGAGAUCCUCUGUGGAACAAAAAACGAGGGACGAUAAAUCAACUCGAAAAAAUGUUAUUAAAAUUAAC